CCACACAGGGAGAACAUGCACACAAACUCCAUGCAGACAGUAACCAGAGCUCAGGAUCAAACCCAGGACCCAGGAGCUGUGAGGCGGAAACGCUACCCACUGCACUACUGCGUCGUGAAAAUAUGUCCCAGAUAACCAAAAAUCACUAAAAAUGCUAGAAAAAUGUCCCUUUUGUGUGUUCAUAGUUAGCGCCUUGAGGAUUUCCGAAAUGCAUCGUGUGUUUGAGUAUCUGUUUUGCAAAAGGAAAGAAUGCUUAGACAAGGUGGUGAAUUAAUUGUGUGGGAGAUAUACUCUCCUUUAGGUCUAAGCUCUGUCUACCUAGGAAAGUUCACUAGGUGGCAAUAUUACAUCAACUUAAGCGACACCAAACCAAACAAAGUUUGGGGAGAAAUUUAAUAGUCUAAUAGAUCGGAUUAGCCAAUUAUAAUCAAACAAUGAGUUUUCUCACACAUCAUACUUUAUACCUCUGUUGAAUUUUUUGUGAUCCGUAGGAGAAGAUUAUAUGCACAGAUGAAAUGGGAACAGGCCUAAUUCGGUUUAAAUUGGCUGCGCAGUGUGUUUAGGAUGUCCCAGAGCAGACUGCUCUUUAGGACCAAGAGGAGCGCGAGCGCACUUAUAUAGCUACAUGUGUACGGGCAGUACGCACGUUCAGGACACACACACGCACACACACAGCCACGACACCUUGGAUGAAACGUGUUUGCAAUGCAGGAAAAUUAAAUAAAUAAACAACAUGCAGCAUCCUCUACACCGCUUCCACACGAAAGGCGCGUCUACUCCAUCUGGCUGAUUUUCCUGAUCAUUUCACAAAUUUUACACGUUGUAUGGAUGUUUUUUGUUUAACCUUCUCGACAAUUGCACAUACACUAAGACGGACAUAAGGCACAGUGUUUUGAACGUCGAAUGGCACGCGCUCGGCUCGGAAGGAGAGAACAGGGCAAUGCUUCCACCUCAUGUUUCCUUUCAUGGAUCACUCAUGAAGCAAACUAGUGCCUGGACAGGGACCAUCCUCAUCAUCAGCGCUCACUAGGCCAGAAUGGAAUCAGGGCUCAGAACUGCCCCCAGAGCAGAAGAGGAGAAAUCUCCUCCUGCUCAGAGAAAGUUAUCAAGAGCAGGUGGUGGUGACCUGGGGCCUGAGUGCUGCAAAUGCAACGGUCGGAUCAACACCCGAAGCGUAAUGGUGGAGACCAAGGAAGGACGCGUGUCAGUGUACUCAGCCCCACAGUAUCAGAGCCAGGUGGUGGUCAAUUAUUCCCCCGAGCAUGCAGAUCAGGACAGAAAUGGGCACCAUCCGCAACUGCUCAACCCCAGUGCCUUGCCCCAGGCUCUGGACCCUUUUUAUAAGCCCAACCUCAUCCUGUACCCUGAAGGAGUUCUGAAAGUGUGGGGGGAGGGAAGCGACUGCUGUGAGACUACGUUCAUUGAGGACAUGGCUCCUGCUAACUCCGCUGCUACGGUUACUAAAGAUGGGCUCAUGUUCACUGACAACAAAUUCCUGGAUUUAUCUAUGGAGGAUACCAAGAUUCAUACACUGUCGUAUGAUGUGGAUGAUGACGAUGAGUUUGAAGAGCUGGAGAGUGAGUACUCAAGUGACUCAGAGAGUGAGGACAACUUCCUAAUGAUGCCCCCGCGAGACCACCUGGGCCUCAGUGUGUUUUCAAUGCUGUGCUGCUUCUGGCCGCUGGGCAUCGCAGCCUUCUACCUGUCUCAUCAGACUAACAAAGCAGUAAAUAAAGGGGACUUGCACCAUGCCAGCUCCAGCUCCAGACGUGCUCUCUUCCUGGCUGUGCUGUCCAUCACAAUCGGUACCGGCAUCUACGUUGGCGUAGCAGUGGCUCUUAUUGCAUACCUUUCCAAGAACAACCACUUGUAGCCUUGCCUUGCCUCCCAUCUUGCCACUGACUGUCGAUGUGGAUUUACUGUAAGGGCCACUUAUGGGUAUUGCACUGAGUAAUGAUCUACAUACUCUACAGCACUUUUAUGAAUCACAUGGAAUUUUUGAGUGGAUCCUCAUU